AAACACUCGUAGAAGGAAAAAUCUCAGUAAAAGCAUUAAUUGAUACAUCGUCGAAGUUUAAUACCAUUAGCAAGAGCUUGUUUGAUAAGCUUGAAGAAGAUUAUGGGUUGAUUGGUUAUGGAUGUGAAGCAAAAAUAAGCUUUGGACGUUCUCCCAAAACCUGUGUCUGCCAUACUAAAAUUGUAAUAGAUGAUAUGAGCAUCCCAUUAUUCGAUGAAGAUUUUAAUAAAGCCAGCUUCAUUAAAAAUAAUUUAUCUAAAUCAACAGAAUCUAAAUCUG